CGCCCUUUUAAGAUCCGCAUCUUUCCGUCGGGUCCGUGACGUCACGGCAGUGCGGGACCCACUUCAGCGGCGGCGCGUCCUCCCUCAACAAACCCGAGCAAUGCGCGCGUCUGGAGACACGCGUCGCGCUGAAACGAGCCAGAGACCGCCGCUCACCUCGGAUUAAAGUUUCCCUGUCAUGUCUGUGGCGGCGAGAAAGUAACGCCAGACGCCGCGAGGACCGACCGCGCUCGCGCACCCGAGCAUGCACGAGCCCAGCUGAUCGCGACGCGAGCGUUUGACGCGACGAGCCCUCACUCGAUUGUAAAACACUAUUCAGUCCAUAAACCGCCGAUAUUGUCUGAUUUGCGCUGAACUGAGGUCGGUAAUGAUGGCGGGGAAGCUGACAGAACCAGGCGCGGGGAUCCUGCUCGUCACCGCAAACGUCGGCUCUUUAUUCGAGGAUCCGGAGAACCUACAGAAGCCGUGGUUACAGGAGUUUUGCCAGACAGUUAAAACACACAGUCCGCACUUCGUGGCUCUUCACUGUCAGGAAGUUGGUGGGAAGAAUUAUGAAGCGUCCAUGAUGCACGUGGACAGUUUCAUCAAAGAACUUCUGUCCAGUGAUGCCAUGAGAGACUUCAGCAGAGCUCGUGUGUAUCUCGACAAGAACUACAAGUCACAGGAGCAGUUCACGGCAUUAGGAAGCUGCUUCUUCAUUCACGAUUCCUUGAAAAACAUCCAGCAGUUUGAUUUCAAAGCCAAGAAGUUCAAGAAGGUUGUCGGCAAGGAGAUCUGCUCAGACACGCUGAUGACCUCCACCACGCUGGAGAAAGAGAAGUUUCCUCAACAUUACUUUCCUGAUUGCAAGUGGUCUAGAAAAGGCUUCAUCAGGACCCGAUGGGCUCUGGCUGACUGUGUCUUUGACCUGGUCAAUAUUCACCUGUUCCAUGAUGCAUCUAAUUUGGUGGCGUGGGAGAAGAGUCCGUCUGUCUACUCAGUCACACGACAGAAAGCGCUCGGCUAUGCGCUGGACCGGAUCUCAGAUCAGCGCUAUGAAAAAGUUCCAUAUUUCAUCUUCGGUGAUUUCAACUUCAGGUUGGACUCCAAGCGGGUAAUUGAGAGUCUUUGCUCCACGGCCACCAUGCAGACGGUGCGAGUGGACGGCACCAAUGAAGCUGACAAACUGAUUUUCAGGGAAUCAGACAAUGACCACAAGGUCGUCUUACAGCUGGAAAAGAAGUUAUUUAACUACAUCAACCAGGAUGUUUUCCGGGAAAACAACGGAACACGGCUUUUAGAGUUUGAUAAAGAGCUGUCAGUCUUUAAGGAUCGUCUUCAUGAGCUGGGAAUCUCAUUUCCUCCGAGGUACGAGCACAUGCAGAACUAACAUGCACCACAGACUAGUGAAGAGAAAGAUGUUUGUGUGUUAACGGUGUUGUGUGUGAUGUUGGGAUGUUAAACUGUGUAGGUGUCCGUGUCUGCUGGUCUCUGUAUCAAACU